UUCUGUAGCCUGCUUACUUCGGGCGUUGCACAAGAUAUCGUUGUGGCACCGUCAUUCUUCAUGAUGGCACGGAGCUCAGAGUUGUGGCGAUAGCGACUCUGUCCGAUAUCUCCUCAACGCAGUUUGUACUCCAGCUAGCUCGUUCUUGAUCGUGCAACCCUCAACACCGCCUUUGAUAUGUCGUUGUCUUUGGGCCGCUUGCGUGCGGAGGUAGUCUGCGGCGAUGUGCCGCUUUCGGCCUACAUGGUGGAAUUUGAAGACAGCAACCGUACGAUCGGCUGCUACAUAGCCAGUGAGGCAGGAAAGAGCUUCUCCAUCAAAGUGCACAACACUUCUGAGAAUAUGGACGUCGCUGUUGUUUUCUUCGUCGACGGGAUGCCUGUGGACACUGGAUUUCUCAGGCGCGGAAAAGAGGGAUCGUGCAUUGGCGUCCGCACGAUACAUGGUAGUGUGAAGAAGUUCGUCUUUACAGAGGUAACCGUUACUGGCGACGCCAAUCUUGCAAGCCCUGAUGAUAGUACCGCUUGGGAUCGACUGGGUUCUGUAGAAGUUCAGUUUUUCCGCGUCGAGGACUUGUCAACAUUUGACAACGCCACGUUCAUGACCGAGGUCGACUUGGAAAGGAUUGUCCACGAACGGAGCAACAAGGCAGGAACCCAUGUGGUGUCUCUCAGCGACGAGGUCAUGCAAGUUCCAAAACCAUCUCAUAGUGUCCGCUGGCUGGACACGGAACCAUAUUCGACAUUUCAAUUCCAAUACAUGCCCACAGCCAUCCUGCAGGAAUUGGGUAUAGCGCCACGAUCGACUCGGCGAAGCGUGUCGGUCGCAGAAGCGCCGCAGCCCGGUCCUUCUAAUACUCAACGUUCUUCAUCGGGCGAAGCAAGCUCGCGCCCUGCAAAAGUUGAUAAAGGCAAGGGACGCGCGGUAGAUCCUGUCCCCAACCAACCUCCCAAGAACGAGUCGCGUGCAGCCUCUUCUCAGGGCGACGAUGUCGGAUCAGAUAUAUAUGAUAUUUACGACAUCCCUUUGGACGAUGCGGGCGCGUUCGAAUACUAUGGUUUCAAGCUAUUACGUAAAACCGCACGAAAGCGUCGUAUGGACUCAGAGAAGAUACGAGAUAUUAACGAGAGGGUCCAGCUGAUAGAAGCGCUAAUGUAUCUCAACGGCUUGAUGGAGCUGAGCGACAACUGAUAGGCAAUGUCACUGGAGGGGCGCUUUAGAUACAUGUCGCAAGAUUAGUCCGAAUGUAUACACGAGCACGCAUUCGCCCUGUGAGAGAAGCCCCAGCGAUCGACAAGUCAGAAGUGGCAGUUCUGUACACUGACAGUGAAUUCUCUCCAUGUCCGUUGACUCUGUGUACAAUAUCAAGUUUUCUCUCGUCUCCAUCUAGAACAUUGAGAUCAC